UGCAAUCCGUUGUCCUACUCCAUCAAAUAUCAGACAUACCUCACACUCCUGUCCCAUCGUUAUUUCACUCCCACAUAUCCACAUGGGGUACGGUGUGAUCAAUAUGUGAAUUUAAAGCUGAACGCAACCGGGAAGAGGUCAAGCUUCUAACCAUGCCCCACUCUGCCUUCUGUUGCAUUCUCAAUCAUACACACCCAAUUCUCCUAUUCAUUCCCUUUCUCAAUCCACCCCGGUUUCGCUGCAACCUCCUACUGCUCUGCCUCCCCCCAUCAAAAACCCAGUUUCAUUCCCUUCCUUCUUAGCGUUCUACGCCCACCACCUUCUUCAGAAACAUGAAUAAUCUUCUCCCUUGGUCUCCAUUAAAAAACAUGCGUCAUCUAUCAUCUCAUCUGGCUGCUCUUGUUACUUUUAGUAACACCCGCCAUCUUCUUCCACUUCUUCAAAAAGUGAAUCGUCUUGUUUGCUCUCCUCUCAAAAACUUGCAUCUCUUUGCUCAUCUCCGCGCUCUCAUCACUUUCUGUAAAUCCCUCUAUCGUCUUCUAGCCUUCCACGUUAGCCCCUUUUUUUUCCAACUCUUGUACUUCAUAAUCCUGUCUCUCUUUGGUUUCCUUGGUCUCAAGGUCUCCAAGCCCAGAAUCCCUGUUCCCGCCAGCGACUUGGAUCUCUUCUUUACCUCUGUUUCCGCAUCCACCGUCUCCAGCAUGACCGUGGUGGAAAUGGAGGCUUUCUCCCAUUCCCAGCUCGUUGUCAUCUUGUUCCUCAUGUUCCUUGGCGGUGAGGUUUUGUCCUCUAUGCUGGACCUUCUAUAUUCUUCCUUCAUUCUCUUUAAGAAACAGAGCCUUAAAGACAGAGAAACCCCUCUUCCGCUCAAACAGCACCCUCCAAUGUCAACUGCCCAUCAAAUCGAGAUUAGUUUAGUUUCUAUGCAAAAACAGAAUGAGGCCUGUACUGUAGAUUGCAGUGAUCCUAGUGUGGCUAAAAAUGAUAAUAUGGGCAGACUGAGGCAAAAUUCCAUUAGAUGUCUUGCUUUUGUGAUCUUGGGUUACCUUAUGGUGCUUCACGUGGCGGGUUCUGGUUUGGUCUCAUCCUACAUGAGAAUCAUGCCAAGUGCAGGACAAGUACUAAGAAACAAAGGGAUCGACAUAUACAUGUUCUCUGUGUUCACCAUAGUGUCCACUUUUGCCAGUUGCGGUUUUGUCCCCACAAACGAAAACAUGAUUGUGUUCAGGCAGAACCCAGGUCUGCUGUUACUCAUUUUGCCAUUUGUUUUUCUCGGGAACACCUUAUACCCGCCAUUCCUGAGGCUUGUGGUUUGGGCUCUGGAGAAAGUUACCAAAAGAGAAGAGUUCUCUUAUAUUCAGAACAAUUACGAGGAGAUGGGUUAUGGCCACAUGCUGUCUUAUGCACAUUGCGUGUGCCUUGUGGCUACUGUUUUUGGGCUGAAUCUGACCCAGUUGGUGCUGUUCUGCUGCAUGGAGUGGAAGUCGGACAGCAUGGAGGGCCUAAAUAGCUAUCAGAAAUUAAUUUCAUCGCUGUUCCAAAUUUCAAAUGCCAGACAUGCCGGUGAAUCUGUUUUCGAUCUUUCUACGCUCUCUUCGGCCACUUUGGUGCUCUUCGUCGUCAUGAUGUACCUGCCACCAUACACGACGUUUCUACCCAGCGCGAGGGACCGUGAAAACGAGGGGAGGAAAGAGAAAAGAAGUCUGAAGGAGUGUCUGCUGUUCUCUCAGUUGUGUUACCUAGUUAUCUUCGUGAUUCUGAUAUGCAUCACGGAGAGGCAAAGCCUGAGAGAAGAUCCCCUCAACUUCAAUGUGUUGAGCAUCACCCUGGAGGUGGUGAGCGCCUAUGGGAAUGUGGGGUUCUCGAUGGGAUAUAGCUGCCAACGGCGUUUGAGACAGGACGCGAAUUGCAGAAACGAGUGGGUUGGAUUUGCAGGAAGAUGGACUAACAAAGGAAAGUCGAUCCUCGUAGUCAUCAUGAUCCUGGGAAGGAUCAAGAAGUUCAACAUAAAUGGCGGCAAGGCUUGGCUUCUCUCCUAGAUGGCCCCCAUGCAUGCAACUUCCUUCCUUCCUUCCUUCCUUCCUUCCUUUUGUAGUAAAUACGGAUCCAUGAACAUAUUUAAGCUCAGCAAGUUUGUCAAGGCUUGUAAUCGCAAUUCGGAAGCUAUGCAUUUAUAGUUUAUAUCCUCAUCAUGAUUUUGACGAAAAUCGUCUCCAAAAUUGAAA